AUGCCAUGGCUUAUGCUUCCCCUCUCAAAAUCCCGUCUACAAUCCCACCGCUCCCGCUACGACAUAUCUACUGACAAGACCUACCAUCUAGAGCUACUAGAAGCUUGUUUCCCCGAGCUUCGCAUUGACUCCUCCAACGGCUGGCUUGUCGAAGAAGACUCGUCAUCUUCGACAACUCCUCUGCCAUCUUUCUCCUCAAUCCUAUCACCCGAGUCCAGUUCCAUCUCCCUCCGCUCUCCUCCUUCCCCAACAUUGAGAGUGUCGACUACUCCAAAUCAAGAAGAUAACUUCAUGGCGGUGGCGAUUAUCAAUAUGACCGGUGGGUUGGCUUACUGUAAGAACGGCCAUCGAUCUUUGACUUUCAUGGGCCAUUUGGGGCUUUCCUUCUACGACGUUACAUAUUAUAAAGACAAAUUCUAUGCUGUGGAUCAGUGCGGAUCAAUGGCGGCUUGCGAUGUAAUCGGCGAAUCACCGAGUGUUUCGAAAAUUGUUCUUAGAGGUUUACAGGAUGAAUUGGAGCCGGCUGCGGUGGGGUAG